GUGCAAGUGCGAAUGCGAAUCCAUCAAUGUACGUACAGUGAACUCACCUUGUUUUUUUGAUAAGUUGCUCAUUUUAUCCAAUAAUUUCGUUAAAGCGUUCAUUGUUAAUGUGGUAACGUGCUAAGAUAUACAAAAUAUACUAAUUUCGGUCGGCACGCUACCGUAUCGCCCACUGUGUCAGGUGGCUCAUUUCACCAUUGCGAUGAUAAGUACCUAAAGAUUGAUUGGACUUCAGUGUUGACUCCAAAUAUAAGUGCCAGCACCAUGGACGACGACGGUGAUGAUAAGGACGAUACAAAAAGGAGGACUCGCAACUUGAGUGAGAAGAAGCGGAGAGACCAAUUCAAUAUGCUGGUUAAUGAGCUCAGUGCUAUGGUCUCAACAAACAACAGGAAGAUGGAUAAAUCAACAGUCCUCAAAUCUACUAUAUCAUUUUUGAAAAACCAUAAUGAAAUAACUGUUCGAUCAAGAGCUCAUGAUGUUCAAGAAGAUUGGAAACCAGCAUUCUUGUCAAAUGAAGAGUUUACAUAUUUAGUAUUGGAGGCAUUGGAGGGCUUUGUAAUGGUUUUCUCAGCUACUGGUCAAAUCUACUAUGUAUCUGAAAGCAUCACAUCAUUACUGGGCCACAACCCAGCUGAUGUCGUGAACAAAAGCAUAUUUGAUCUGGCUUGUGAAGAUGAUCGGCCAAGUUUGUACAACAUGCUACAAAAUCCUGGAAGUGCAACUGACCCAAUGCAUGCUGUCGGUAAAGAAAACGAAAUCCGCUUCCAGUGUCAUCUGAAAAGGGGAUCUUUGGAUUUUAGAGAUGAAACUACUUACGAACUUAUACAAUUCAAUGGUCACUUCCGAACAAAUAUGGAGCCACUCGAUAGUGAUGAUAUGCCCGGUUACAAUCCGGAUCACGAGUCAAGGUUACUCUUCGUUUGCACGGGCCGGUUGUAUACUCCUCAACUGAUCCGCGAUGUGUCGCUGGUAGACUCCAGUCGCAGCGAGUUCACUUCGCGACACAGUCUUGAAUGGAAAUUCCUGUUUCUCGACCACCGUGCACCGCCUAUCAUUGGUUAUUUACCAUUCGAAGUACUCGGCACCUCAGGCUACGAUUACUAUCACUUUGAUGACUUAGAAAAAGUAGUCACAUGUCAUGAGGCUUUGAUGCAAAAAGGUGAAUUAACGUCGUGUUACUACCGGUUCUUAACAAAAGGGCAGCAGUGGAUUUGGCUUCAAACUCGCUUCUAUAUCACGUAUCACCAAUGGAAUUCUAAACCAGAGUUUGUAGUUUGCACUCAUCGUGUCGUAAGUUACGCAGAUAUUGCGAAGAGCAUGAAGCAAGAGGGUGCGGAAGCUGACACUGUGAGUGAGGCCGAAGUGAACCGAGGAGUGAUGAAGGAAGCCCCGUCUGAUGACGCCAUGGUGUCGAUGUCUCCGUCAUACAUGUCCGAAGCGAGCGACGCCUUCGGUAACUCGUCCUACCAACCCUUGUCUCAAGUCAGUCCGGCUUCGGUUAAGUCGGCAUCGGCUGGCAGCACGACUGGAACUGUUGCUACCGCUGGUACAGCUGCGACCGCGGGCGCGUCAUGGACCCGGGCUUCUCACGUACACUUCACUGGCUCGGACACAGGAUCCUUGUCCGGCGAGUCCCGCUCGUCGCAGAGAAAUUCCAUGCGCGAGAACUAUACAUUCCUGCAGACUCAUAAGAGCACGGAAGCCGCCCCGGCCCCACAGCAUGGCAUAGGUGCGCAGUACUUAGACCCCGCGCCGUACGUGAGCGCGGUGGGGGUGCCCGGCGUGCUGCCGCUGUCCAUUCCACCGCUACCGGUUAUCGUAUCUCCCGACCAAGCGCAGAUGCAGGAGCAGUUGCAACGAAAACACGAGGAGUUGCAGCAAAUGAUAGUCAGGCAACAAGAGGAGCUUCGGCAGGUAAAGGAACAACUGUUGCUAGCCAGGCUUGGGAUUCUGCAGCCCCUUAUAAACGUCCAAGGCCCAUACGUGAACCCAGAAGACAUACAACAGAACCAGCGUUUACCGGCACAAAUAGUGUAUGAGGCAGGCACGCCGCGGGCGGCCAUCACCGGCUAUCCGCCGCAGCACCCGCCGCACACCGGCGGACACCACCCGCACAUGCCGCAAUGAGCCGCUCCGACCGAAUUUACCACAGAUCCUUGUUAUUAUUUUUAAUUUAGUUCAAACGCGUACCAUACGUACACUGCACUUGCCAAUUUGUUUAUUUGUAGGAAAACGCAGCUUCGGUCUAUUAAUGUAUUCGUGAUUACUUGUGUUCCAAACAGACGCGGUGCAAUAUCUCGUCGCUUAUACCAGAUCAUGAAUUUUAUUAUUAUUGACAGGUGUGUACAAUCUAUUAUACAGAAGCCUGAUGAUAGCAUUAUUCGUUUUACGUUUACUUUUACUUUGUUAUUGUAAAAAACACAAGCUCUAUGCUCAGGCGCAUGGUACGUUUCAACGAAACAUGUUCAUUGAUAAAUGUACAUAUUUUACAGUUUCUUGUUUAAAUGUUUCUUGUGUUAAAAGGCUGUGCAAUAUCUAACAAACUACAUAUUUAACUUGUAAUAGAAAAUGUAGAAGAUUGAAGUUAAGUAAUUAUUUUAAAUACUUUAGUAGGCACUUAAUUCAGUACAUAUUGUUUGAAACCUUUUUGUGUUAUGCGGUGAUCUAGUACACGGAUACAUAGGUGUUGUAAAGCUUAGCUGCCUUGAGGACUGAUUUUAUUAUUGCGUCUCAUGUGGACUUCGCUAAUAUGUCCAUUCACAUUGUUAAGAUCAAUCUGCACCUAUAUUUUCGUUCUAGUACUUGAUAUAAUCAAACCGGCUCAAUGAUAUCACUAGGUAGGAUGCUACUCCACACAUCUUCCCUUUUGAUAAAGGCUCACUUACCUCCCAAGUCCAACAGAGGUCCGGAAACAUUGCCCCGAGUCUUCUAUUCUUUGAAUCAUGUCUUUAAGGGUCUAACUCCUCGUAGGUGUAUCCGUAGUGUACAGUUUUGUGAUGAUUUUAUAAAUAUUCAUGCUGUUGUAUUGUAGCUUUUAUCAGAACCAAGAAACCAAAGCGUUAUUAUGUUUAUGAUGUGUACACAUUAUUUGAUUCGAUAUCUGCAACGUGCCAUUUGCCGUGAUUUGUUUCAGACGUUUCACAGAAAGAACAUGUUUUGUAAAUUAUAAUUUUACACAUAUUUUGAUCUCGUUACUGAAUUUAGUGGCUAGGUAAUUAUUUACGUUACGGUGUUUUUGAGAUAGUCGCGUUCACGACAUAUGAAACAUCAGUUAAUGGUUUAUUUCUUUUAUUGACAAAUCAUUAAUGCUUUUUUGAACGUUUUUUGUAAAUAUUAUAUACUUUGUUAUAUAAAUUUUAUUAAUUGGCUUAGUCGAUUGUUCAGAUUAUAUAGUUUUGUUACAUUUUAUAGAAAAAUAUUUUAUUUUACGCACUUGCGUUUUAGAAUUGUUGUUGUUAUUUUUCUUUGUUCAUUAUGUUUGACUUCAUAAUAUAUACUGCAACCUAUACAUAAUAUUGAGAAUGCACUGAUUUUUCUUUGCGUCUCUUGUUUUUUAAAACAAAAUAUAAAAAUAUUUUAGUUCAAUUCAUAUUAUUCGACGGUCUAUUUAGCAAGUGUAUAAAUUUUUCCAAGUUAUGAAUCAUAAAAUGUGAUGUCGAUUCUAAAUUAAUCGAGUGGCCAGUUAGGCGGUCGUGGGAUUCGUACAAAGUUGAGGAUACUAUCGAGCUCCUCAUGCCGAACGCGGUGCGAUGAUGAGAAGCGGGCACUAGCCGCGCACGGGCGACGCCGCGGCUCAUGCUGGGGCUAAAUAUUUAUACACCCGGGGGGAAAGUAGUUAUUGUGUCUCGUUCAAACUUGUUGCUAUUUGAGUGACAACGUCGGUUGUGCAAAUGACUAUACAUUUUACUGUAAGAAUAAAAAACGAGCAUGCAGCGUGCACGCAUGCGCUUCUUUUUUACUCUUAUUGCUCGGAUGCAAUUUUACUAACUUUUACUUGUCUAUAAUAAUCGAUUAUUCUUAGACCGUGCACGGUAGUUCGGUAUGCGGAACUCUUUUUUUUUGUCAUGCAGAAUUGCAGAUACAUUAAAUGACUAUAAUGUAUGUACAGAUACCUUAGUAUUAGUUAGUAAUUGUAAGUAAAUGUCAGUAGAGUAACUUUGGGUGUAUGUUUCUUAAUACAAACAAUUACAAAAGCGGCUAUAGGCCAGAAUUUGAUAAAAUCAUGUUUGAGUUUGCCGAGGGAAUAAAAAUGUGGGAUCGGUGAAAUGAAACUACAAUAACAAUUUCAAUUCAAUAAAUAAUGUAUGAAUGUUCAUUAAACAUUGUUCGUUUACGUUUCGAGUCAUCAAAAUACUUCCAAUGCUAUAACUGACUUUUGUAAUUGCUUGUAAUACCGUAAUUACUAAAUAUUGAUAUGGCAGUCUUAGUUCCCGUGAUUCAACCAUUGAUGUACGUUAUGUGCGCACUGAAAUGACGUUCUUGUUUAAGUUUCUAUAAAAUUUUAUAUAUUUUAUAUUGGUUAAUAUUUUAGUUAGGUACGGAAUGUUGGUAAGUUAGGAUAAAAUUAUGUUUAUUGACAUUAACGCCAUUGGCAAAGUUUAGUCAUACAAAUUCAUUAUUUUUACUAUUUGUUUAUAUAUUAUAUACACUUGAAUCUUUUUUAUCAUUAUUUAUAAUGGGAAAUUAUGAAAAAGUGGUUUUAGGCAAAUACAAAAUGUUCUGUUUGUUCUUUUGACUGAAAUGAUAAAAUAUAUGUAUUGUGUCAUCUUUCAAAGUUUAUUUAUAAACAUUUUGCUUAUGUUCCGGUAUUUAUGAAUGUUUUAAUAUUUAAGAAUUGUUAUGAAAGAAGUACUUUACUCAUCGCAACAAAAUUAUAAUAAAAUUUGUAGAAAUGUGUUAAGAAUAGCAUAAAUAUAGAAUGCAGGAGGAAAACCUAGGUAUAGGUUAAAAUUAAAUAUGUUUUAUCAAAAUUGUAUGAAAUAUUUAAAGGGAUUGUUGAAGUGUAUGUUGGGGAAGAGAAGGCAACUGUAAGCAAGAUAUAUUUUAUUUCGUUUCGCGUUCUUAGUUAAUAGCAGAUUAUGUGAAAGUUAUUGUUGUUUUGUUGUAUCAGUUAGUGUAACAGAUGGUAAUCUUGUCGCUGCAGGCCGGGGUGGCCGCGGCCGCACGACCCGGCCCAAAGCUAUGUGAUACUGUUUUCUAUAACAUGUAUGUGGAUAUGUAUCAUACAUCUUGCGGUCUAAUCAUCUUAAUCACGUAAUUAUUGAAUAAGUGGAUGUAGUGAAGAGAUAACAAGUUGUUCUUAAGUAUAACAAGUAAACCUUAACUUCGUACAUAUCCAUGUAUGCACUUAUAUUUGAAUUUAUGUUUCACUUAAUCAGUGUUCACUGUUCAUUUACAAGAGCGAUUCUUCGGAAAAUAUUUUAUUCUAUUUUUGUCGUAUCGCGUUCACUUUUAUAUUGAGUUAUAAGCUAUAAUUUCUAGACUGCAUAACCAAUCCACAGCAUUCGGUGUUAAAUUAGAUCUACGCCCUUACGUCUAUUUAAUUUGUAUGGUUAUCUGACAUGAACGUGGUACCGCACGUUUUGUUUGAUUCAUGUAUUUUAACCAAAUUCUUGAUCACAGUGGUAUAUACUCAAUUGCCAAAACCAUUGUUUUAAUAUCAAAUUAAUAUAACAAUUUGGUAUUUCCUGAAAAUUUUCGGAAGGAUCGCUCGUAAUAUUCAUGUUUGAUAUUAUUUCUCAUUAGUAUGUAAAAUAUACGUUAGUGUAUAUAUUUUUGUACCAGCAAAUGUAAUCGUCCGCAUGUAUAGGACAAGUCAUAUCGUAUACAUGCGAAUGAUUGAGAGAAAUGCGGUGUUGUGAUGCGAAAAAUUGUAAUAGUAACAGACAUUCGUAAAACAGGUGAAAAUUAAGAAUACAAGUAAACAUUUGUAAAGGUAUUUUCGAACAUAAAGAUAGAGAAAUAAAUCAGUGGAAACAACCGCAGCUCGGCUAGCAACAGCUCGUGUAAACAGAAUGCCACACAACACUGCUCAGUCUCUGUCGUCAGCUCUUUUUUGCCUAAGCUUUUUAACAAGACAGAACUGUACUACAUUUAGAAAGUUACAGGGUAUCGCCAAAAAGAAAAGCAUCGUGAAGUGAUAUUGUGAGUUAGAUGAUUAGCACAUUCGUGGAGAGAUGAUUUUUUGAAAAUAUUCAAAAUAAAUAAACGAAAUAUGUAAUACAAA